AUGACUGCCACAAAACUCACGGCCGACGUGCUCUUCCAGAUGGCGAAGACGCGCCGAACCAUCUACAAGCUGAACAAGGAUGCCAACAUCAGCGCGAGUCGCAUCCGCGAGCUCGUUGAAAAGGCCACUCUUCACACACCGUCGUCCUUCAAUGCCCAGUCCAAUCGCGCCGUCGUCCUUCUCGGGGCCGAGCACGACAAGCUAUGGGAGCUGACGACGAAUACCCUCAAGGCCAUUGUCCCUGAGGAAAAAUGGCAAUCCACCGCCGACCGGAUGGCCAUGUUUAAGGGCGCGGCCGGCACGAUCAUGUUCUUCAACGACGAGAAUGUUGUCCAUGACAUGCAAGCCAAGUUUCCCUCGUACGCCGAUCGAUUUCCCAUCUGGGCCAACCAGAGCAACGCCAUGCAGCAAUGGAUGCUCUGGACCGCGCUCGAGCUCGAGGGGCUCGGCGCCAACCUCCAACAUUACAACCCCCUCAUCGACGAAGAGGUUGCCAAGAUCUGGGACUUGCCUGCCGGCUGGAAGCUCAAUGCCCAGCUGGUCUUUGGCGGCAAGUCAGCCGAAGCUGGCGAGAAGCAAUUCAAACCCCUCGAUGAUCGCGUCAAGUUCUUUGGCGCUUGA